CUCCAGCACAGAUGCGCUUUGGAUCAGGCUGCAAACACAUCACUUCCACCCUCCCCUGGAGGAGCCUCCUGCCUCAUCUCCUGGCUCUGCUCCUCCUCCGCCCGGGAUCAGCCCAGAUCAGGAUGGUGGCACCCAGCCUCCGUGUCACUGCCAUCGUGGGACAGGACGUCGUGCUGCGCUGCCACUUGUCCCCUUGCAAGGAUGCACGGAGCUUGGACAUCAGAUGGAUCCAGGACCGGUCCUCUGGGAUAGUGCACCACUACCAAGAUGGAGAGGAUCUGGACCAGAUGGAGGAAUACAAAGGGAGGACGGAACUGCUCAGGAACGGUCUGUCUGAUGGAAACCUGGAUUUGCGCAUCACUGCCGUCACCUCAUCCGAUAGCGGCUCGUACAUCUGUGCUGUGCAGGAUGCUGAUGGCUAUGCAGAUGAGAUGGUGAACCUGGAGGUGUCAGAUCCCUGUUCCCCAGUUGUCCAUCCCUGGAUGGUGGCUCUGGCUGUGGUCGUCACACUUCUGCUUGGGUCAUUUGUCAUCAUUGUUUUUCUGCAUAGGAAGCGAGCGGCACAGCGCAGAGAGCUGAAGAGAAAAGAUGCACAGUUGG